AGGGAGAGUCGAGGGCUGCAUUGGCUUUCUUGUCAUGUCUAUCCAAAUGGAAUACAACUCCUAUCGGCGGGAUCACCCCAUCGACAGCCUGGAGAGGCAGCUCAUCUGCCCUAUUUGCUUGGAGAUGUUCACCAAACCUGUGGUAAUCCUGCCUUGUCAGCACAACCUGUGCCGGAAAUGUGCAAAUGACAUAUUUCAGUCUCGUGGGACAACCUUGGGCUCCGCCGGCCGCUUUCGCUGCCCAUCCUGUCGCCAUGAAGUGGUGCUGGACAGGCACGGUGUCUAUGGCCUACAGAGGAAUCUACUAGUGGAGAACAUCAUUGAUAUUUACAAACAGGAGUCAGCAAGCUCCAGACCUCUGUUAAAGACAGAACACCCAAGCUGCGAAGAGCAUGAGGAAGAAAAGAUCAACAUCUACUGCAUGACGUGUGGGGUGCCCACCUGCUCCCUCUGCAAGGUCUUCGGGGAGCACAAGGAGUGUGAAGUAGCUCCCCUGUCGGACAUCUACAUGAAACAGAAGUCUGCGCUGACAGAUGGGAUUGGAGCCCUUGUGGCCACCAAUGACAGAAUCCAGGCCUUCAUCGAUAACUUGCAAGGCACAUGCAGGAACAUCGAGGAUAACGGCAAGGCCCAGAAGCAGGCUCUGUGUGAGAAGUUUGACCGCAUGAAUGCCAUCUUGGAGGAGAGGAGGAAGAUCAUGCUGCAGAGGAUCACCUAUGAACAGGAGGAGAAGACCCAGCACCUGAAGUCCCUCACCAGGUCGUACAGUGAACACACCGAGUCAUCCUCCAAGCUGGUGGAUGCAGCGUUGCAGUCCAUGGAGGAGCUGCAGAUGGCUGUCUUUGUGCAGAAUUCCAAAGUUCUCAUACAGAAAAUUUCCGAGGUGACCCAGAGCUGUGAAGUGGAGGCGCUGGAGUCUGGUUAUGACAAUAUGGAGCACUAUGCUGUGGAUUUCAAUGCUGAGGAGCGGGUGCUGUAUCAGUUGGACUUCAUUAAAGUUGAUGAGUCCGAAGAAGGGGCAGAGGAAGGAGAGGAAGACGCGGUGUGGGGGGAUGCUGAAGGUGCAGCAGCAGAGUCUGUGGCAGAAGGGCAAGUGGCCAACAGUGAGGGCAGAGAGGAGACCCUGAACGUCGCUGCGGACGGAAAGGAAGAGGAGGCCGAAGGAAAAGCCCUGAUGUUAAAGGAGGCUGAGAGUGAAACUGCUGGGGAAGCUGAUGCCAUGGCUAAACUACCAGGUUCAUCUCAAGCUGCGGAGUCGGAUGUCCCAGCUGGCAAAGAGGGAGCUGAGAGAGAGCCGGGCACUGCCCAGCAGAAGGAUGCAGCUGGUCCAGAUGGGGCUGCUGUAGACUCUCAGGGGUCCGGGGCAGAAGCUGCCGUGUCUAGCAACGCCUUGCCAAUGAUCGCCCCAAAUCUUGCCCUCCAAAAUAAUCCCACGGGAAAUGCCCUUGACGCCCCAGCUGAAUCCGCAGCCCAGGGCAGGGGAGCUACCGAGACAGAGGAAGCCACUUGCUUUGUCCCAGCCGAGACAUUCAGCACCUCGGACAGCUCAGCCGGGAACAAGAAGGAGGUUGACCCAAGCGACUGCGGUGCCAGUCCCGCCAAAGGCAGCGCGGAGUGGGGACUAGCUGUGGCAUCUGUCUCCAGCCAGGACCCCGCUGUGGUGGAUGGGAAGAGUGAAGAAACCAGUGAAACUCCAUUUGGGAGUAACUUCAAUCCUGCUCUGUGAUGUCAAGACAAGGCCCACCUUCCACGCUCAAUAGCUUAAACCCAACAGAGUUAUAGUGUCUUGUUUCCCUGGUGACAUUUUCUGAUCUGAAAUCACCCGUCCACCCAUCUGGAUUUUUGUUUGGAAGAAGAGAAGGCAGCUAGACUGGAUCAUGGGAGGAAGUGACCCGUGGCAUGUGCCAGCAUGGGACUGCUAGAAGCUGGACUGUCUAC